AAAAUAUCGGUAUUCUGGAGAUCUAAGAUUUCUGAAGAACCGGAAAGUCCCUCCCUCUUCUGAUUCUCCAAUCCUGGAGUUUCCUUGAAAGAAAGAAUGUUUCCUGCCUUCUCUACCAUGCCCAUUCCUUGGCAGCUCAUGGUUGGUAGCAGCACAAGUCAGUGGUCAGAUGCCACGUCCUGCCUCAUAUUGUGCCCAUCAUUGGUGAAAGUGGAGUAAAACUCCGGAGCUGAAAAGCAGAGUCACAGUGAGAGAAUGGGGAAUUAUCUCCUGAGAGAAUUCAGUUGCCUGAGAAACAACCAAAAGAAGCUCAAGAAAGUAAACCAAGAUGUGGAAAGAAAACAGCAGGAAAUGACUACAUAUGAGAGACAAAAUCAAGUUCAAGAUAAGAAAAGUAAAGAAGUUUCAUCUACUUCUAAUCAGGAAAAUGAGAAUGGCAGUGGUUCUGAGGAACUGUGCUACUCCAUCAUUAGUCACAGACCUUAUCGGAGGCCCUCCCUGAGCUCCAAUGAUGAUGGUUAUGAGAAUAUCGACUCUACCACAAAGAGAGUGAGGCCAUUUAGAAAUGGGUCAGAAACAGAAUAUGCCCUUGUCAAGAUGACUUGUGUUACUAGGCCUUCUUCCUGUACUCUUGAGCAUGAUUAUGAACUUGUGCUUCCCCACUAGAAAUCUCAUGCUUCAUCAUCUUACACUAACAGAGAUGAUACAGAAUAGUGACCUCCAGGGAAGUGUUUCUACAUCUUUGGAACAUGACAGUUCUGUGGUUUGGGUUAAGCCAUAUAAAUUGAUAUAAAGGUAUAGAGUAUUCUACAUCUUUUUGUUUGUAAGGUUUGAAGACAUGGAGAUGAUGGAACCUUCCUAGGGCAAUGGACAUCCAUAGAUAUAUGACCUAAUAUCCAAUUCCAACACUGCUCUCCAAAUUUCAAAUGCCAAAAAUUUCUGCUCAUAAUUAUCUAUUUCAC